ACUCGCACCUCUCUUCCGGGCCCGCGAUUUGCUACGAGAGCCCGGAAGGGCCAGGCCCGUAGCUCCGCCCCUGAAGCCGCUCAGCCGGGGCGCUUGGGGCUAGGGGAAGCGGUUCGGCGAUUUACUUAGCAGUCGGUCGCGGAGCACCAUGCAGGCGUCCCGGCACAGCAUCCAAGCCGAGCCUAGCUGGUAUGUCUCUGCCCAGCAGCCAGAGGAGGCGGUGGCUGCAGAAGAGUGGAGUCCGUUGCUAAGCAACGAACCUCACAGGCAGGGAUCCCCCGGUGCUUCGUUUGGUCUCUCCGUCUUUAAUGUGAUGAACGCCAUCAUGGGAAGCGGCAUCCUUGGUUUGGCUUAUGUGAUGGCUAACACGGGUAUCCUUGGAUUUAGUUUCCUGCUGCUGUUCGUUGCUCUCCAGGCUUCUUACUCAGUCCAUCUCCUGCUUGCCAUGUGCAUCCACACCGCCGUGACUUCUUACGAAGAUCUGGGACUCUUCGCUUUUGGAUUACCUGGAAAGGUGGUGGUGGCAGGCACCAUAAUAAUUCAGAAUAUUGGAGCUAUGUCAUCUUAUCUUUUAAUUAUUAAAACAGAGCUUCCUGCUGCUAUUUCGGAAUUUUUGCCUAGUGACCACAGUGGGUCUUGGUAUCUUGAUGGACAGAUGCUGCUGAUCAUCAUCUGUCUAGGCAUCGUGUUCCCUCUCUCACUGUUUCCCAAAAUAGGCUUUCUUGGCUACACAAGCAGUCUAUCAUUUUUCUUUAUGGUGUUCUUUGCUCUUGUGGUAGUAGUUAAAAAAUGGGCCGUUCCUUGUCCUGUGACCGUAAAUUGCAUCAAUGCAGUCUUUCAGAUUUCAAACGCUACAGAUGACUGUAAACCAAAGCUCUUUCAUUUCUCCAAAGAGAGUAUUUAUGCCAUACCAACCAUGGCUUUUUCGUUUCUCUGCCAUACCUCAGUAUUGCCCAUAUACUGUGAGCUUCAAAGCCCUUCAAAGAAAAGGAUGCAGAAUGUGACCAACACAGCAAUUGCGUUGAGCUUUCUGGUUUACUUUGUGUCUGCACUCUUUGGCUACCUCACUUUUUAUGACAAAGUGGAGUCAGAAUUGCUACAAGGCUAUAGUAAAUACUUGCCACAUGAUGUUAUUGUCAUGGCUGUGAAGUUAUGCAUACUGUUCGCAGUGCUUCUGACAGUCCCUCUAAUCCACUUCCCUGCCCGGAAAGCUCUAAUGAUGGUACUUUUCUCCAAUUACCCGUUUUCCUGGAUCCGGCAUUCCCUGACCACAGUCGCGCUUAACGUCACCAUCGUGGCACUUGCCAUAUAUGUUCCUGACAUUAGAAAUGUAUUUGGUGUGGUUGGCGCCAGCACAUCGACAUGCUUGAUUUUUGUGUUCCCAGGGUUAUUUUAUCUUAAACUCAGCCGAGAGGAUUUUCUCUCCUGGAAAAAGCUUGGGAUAGGUCCCUUCUGGAGAACAGUAAAGUGGAAUGCCUUUCUACCCAAGGGUCUUGGCUUUUUCACCUUCUGUCCUGCAUGGCUUUACCUUCUGAGUCCCUUUAGCCUUCACCCCUGAGGAGUUGGCCCUGGAAGCAGAGGUCAGUACUCUCCCACAGUUCCACGCCAGCUGUGUGCUUCUGCUUACGUCAUUCUGAAGCUGGCCACAUAGCAUGCAAGCCUGGCCUCUCUCAGCAGCUUCAGGUGAGAGUUCAUAGAUUAAUGAGCUACUUGCCCCCCCCCUUUUUUUUCUGUUUAUGAAAUAAUGCUCAUAGGUGUUCAGCUGCUUAAAUAAAUCUUAACUCUAGUAAUACCAAAAUAGCCCUAAAUCUACAACAGAUGCAGGGAUACCCCCCGGGGGCAAAUGUUAAGUGUGGCGACAGCUGGGCAUCAAUUAAUACUGUGUCACCUGUUCCUAAGACAGUGCCCUGGGAGGUUUGGCAAGAGACAAAUAUCCUUUGUAACACUGCACAAAAUUGAGUUACUACCACGUUGGUGGAGGUGGUCCGGUUUACUUUAACCUUCUGUCCUGCCGGGUUGCUUGCUUGAGUCACAUUUUCUGUACAUUUGGAGGAAGCCGAUGAGAAGGCUGGCAAGAACCGUGACCCCCUCAUAACCUUGUCCAAGUACCCCCAACAUUAUUUUCUGGGAAAUAUGGGCCUUCUCCUUAUGGGCUUAAUGGUCAUAAUUUAUUAGGUAAUAACUAUUUAAAAUAAAACUAAGAAACACACAAAACACACUUUCCUAACAUUUGGAGAGUUAUUUGCUAAAUUAAAAGACAAAAUGCCAAGACUGUAAAUUACUUUCAUAUGUUCAGGGUGAAUGUUUAAGUUGUACUUUUUUUUCUUAACAGAAUGUUUACUCAUGAGCUUAGCAUUUAAAUGGUUAAAACAAGCCUUUGAAGUUAACACUCCAUUAAGAUGAAUGGGGGUAAUUCACACCUCUGCCUUGGCUGUAUUAUUUCAGUCUGGCUGUGGAGAAAACAGGACAGAGUGGGCUGAUUUACUGUCCUUUAAACACCCAACUGCU